AUGGCAGCUUUCACCAGUACCCCCAAAGUGAGUUCCAGGAGCGCUCCUCGGCACGGGGUCAGGGAGGAGAGCCCAGCGGAGUGUGACUGGAAGGACUGUGAGACUGGAGGCAGCGAGAGGUAUAGAGGACACCUCACCAUGCUGGAGAAGACCCAUGACUUCUUCCAGAUCUGUGACAUUGAGGACAAGGGCUUCAUCACCCGCCGGGACAUGCAGGUAAGAUCACCUAUAUGGGAUCACUGAGUCUGACAGAAUCUUCUCAUGGGAAGUUAUUGAAAUGUUUAGGCUACACCAGAUGUGCAUUAUGUAUGUUCCAAUCCCUACUGUGUGUUUACCUAGUCAUGUGUAGAUGUUACUUUUAUGUCAUUAUGUCAAGAGUACCAAAUAUUUAAAACCUCUGACUUUUAAUAUAGAUUUUUACAGUGCAAUAAGUAAUGGUCGUUGUGUUUUGAACUGCUGAAUGUUGUUUUGCCGCUCUGAAGGAUCUAAAUAAUUCUGAGUUGUGGUCGGUUGGUUGGAGUUGUGAUGGAUUUCUCUAGAUGUAUCCUAGCCUACACACCUGGUCCCGUAUCUCAUUAUUGUUAUCAUUCAGGCUUUUGUAAGGGCAUCUGAAUGACUGCUCGUAACAAUAGCAUACAUUAAACAAUGAGGAAAUGAUUAACAACUGCAACAAAUCUUCCAUAGACGUUUAUGUUAGAUUUGGAGACAAACAUCUGGUCAUUUCAUAAGGCUGCACGUGGAGGACAGAGACUGUGUGUGCUCCUUAGAAUUAGCUAGAACACUUCUAUAUCUCUGUGGUGUGCUCAUUAGAGAUGUUUCUGAGGACAUAGCCUCUAUCUUUCUAAUUCAGGAGAGCAUGUGAAAAGAGUGCCAGGAACCCACAACACCUACGGGCAUCGAAGAGCCACGCAGACCCACGCUUUGUCAUACAUCUCCUUCAGCUGCAUUAUUGUGCAGAUCCAGAAGCCUCUCACAUUCAUCCAUGGCAGAGUAUUAUUUUGAUGGAGCACUUGUGAGCCCACGCCGUGACGAGGGUCUCUCAGUAGAAUGGAUGGAUCCCUUUGAUCCAUUGCUUACGGAAAUAUAUUGAAAAUGACCUUAUACCCACUCCCCAUGUUCAUUAGGAGUUGUGGAAGAAUUGAAAUGUUGUAGUAAUGGCAAUCCAUAACACAAUGUAUACAGGAGUGUACAGUACAUUGCAUCUCCCACACUGUUGUCUGUGUAAAUUAGUCUAAUUAACCUACAAGUAGGCAAUCAGUAUGAGUGUUAGGCAACUGCAAUGCAUUUUUGCUGGUCUAUACCUAUACAACCUGAGCAGGUGGGACAGGAAAUUAAUUUAUUUGCCGUAAGCAAGAUGGUUUUUGAUUUAGUCAGCUAUUACUAUGCCUGAUAAGACCUUCUUUAUCCAUAAGGGAUCUGAGGGAUCUCCAUGAGAAUCUGGUUAAGUGGCACAAGUUCUGAACCCUUUUUUUAUUUACUUUCAUAACGUAUUCUAGCAACUGCCAGCAUUGCCAUAGAUGUGCACAUGUAUCAUUUUCUGCUGAUGCACAUACUGUACAGCCUUACAAUGUUUUUCACACCAUGACCUAAAGCGUGGCAGUGGUGUGUCUCCGGCUGUGAACUCUGUUGUUUUCUGACAUAAGGGAUGUGUUCAGUCCAGAUAAGAGUGUGCAAGGAGUGGACAGCUGACUAGGUCUCAUAGAGUUCCUACUAUGAAUUUCACAAGUGGUUUCAGUGUAAACAUUGACAUGCACAGCUCACAGAGGCUUUUCAGGAUCAUUGUGGUCUUUAAUAUUUAUUUUCAGGGUUUCCGUAGGUUUUAAGUCUCUUGUUUGCUUGUCUAUAUUCCAAACCGUUUUUCCACUCUGCUUGGCCUUGGCGUGGAAACGGUGGUUUGGUUUGUAUUAACACAGAUUAAGAUCAACGUUUAUGUUGUUUACCUUUUUUUGCUGGUUUUGUUUACUGGGCAGAAAUGUUCAUUUCUAAAAUGUUUGGGUUCAAUCCAAAUAAAGAUGUCGCAGGUUCAUUAAUAUAAACAUUUUAUAAAACAAAUAGCGUAGUUACUCACAAUUCCUUCAUCAUGAACACGUUUACAUCCAUUAGAUCAGUUGUGUGACCGCAAAUAAUACACUAUCCUACUCCUUAUGAACAUGAAGUCCUUACAAAGACUCGUCCUGUACUUGGGUACACAUCUCUUCUGAUGCUAAUCAUAGUGUUGAGUGUUUUCCCAGCGGUUUGUGCCUGCCUGGCAGCUGUUGUACCAUGUACUGUAUUGUUAAUGAAAAUACUCCAGAGUUCUUCAGUUCCCCAGUCGUGUCAAUGGCACCUGACUGUGUUGUUGUGUGUCCUGCUCCACAGAGGCUCCAUGGAGAGCUGCCCCUCAGUGCAGAGGAGCUGGAGAACGUCUUCGACACACUGGACUCUGACGGCAAUGGAUACCUCACCCUGGAGGAAUUCUCCUCUGGCUUCAGUACGUUGACUAUGUUCCCUUCUCACUUUCUACUAUCCAAUGUAUGUAUAUGUGCUGUGAUUUUUCAGUUUUGAUAUCAAUCUUACUAUCUUCCAUUUCCACAUAAUUACAUCAACAGUGCUAGUGCACUGUGCAAGCAGAGUAUGGUAGCUCAGCGUACGUAGAGCGGAAGAGUGGAGUGAGAGUAAAGGAUAUUAUAAAUCAUCUCCUGGACUCUUGUUUCUCCAGGUGAGUUCCUGUUUGGCCGGAGGAUCUCUAUAACAGAGGGGAUGGAGGAGGCCAGCCCCAUUGCCAAGGAACCCACCCAGGGCCCCACGCAGGGCCCUCCAGACUCCCUGUACCAGACCCAGUGGGAGGAGAGGCUGGCGAGCAGCGACGAGGAGGAGGAGAAGCACUUCUGCAUGCUAAUGGAGAGCUUGGGAGCCAGCAACGUCUUUGAGGAGUGAGUGUUUGUUUUUGUCUGUGACGUCCAUAUUAUGCGAUCCUUUGUCCAUCCCUCAACAAUGCCCUCAAAUGACCUAAGUCUAUUCCUUUAGAUUGGUCAGCUGUGCAAAACAAAAAACACUAAGUUGCCACUCCUUAGUAGUUCUAGCCACUCUGUGUUUCAAUCUACUUGUUUUGAUAUUUCUCUGGAAAUUCUGAGCUUAACAACCAAGCAUAAAGUGCAAGACAUGUAUGAGUAGAAAAUAGGUUAAAUCCUGGAGUCACUGUCUUCUUCAUCAAAAACAUCAGACAUGGGAAGAGUUCAUCAAAAUUAAUUUGGGUUGCUUAACCUUCGACAAAUCAUUAUAGUCGACGACAUUCCUGUCUGUGGAAGUAUUCCAGACAUUGGUGACUGGGUGCUGGUACCAUUUUGCUUUUGGCUUUUUGAACUCCAGGCAUUCGGAGGAGGGAAAAAAUAGAGCCAGGCCUCGUAUAACGCAUGAUUAGACUCACCUUGAGCAAACAAGUACGGCUCAAUAAAGUUAAACAGUAGUAGUGGAGGAUGUACAUUUGAUAAGAACAUCCUAUUGACUGUCUGCAAACCUGGGUUAGAACCAGAAAGGAAUGCUGACAAUUUAGAUCAGAUCGGUUUGUGCACUAACUUCUGGUGUGUCUUCCUGAAGUUGACAUGGCGUAGGGGUCUACUGUAAGGAGACUUCCAGAGGCCUGCUAGUCAAGUCAACAAGUCCACAUUUCAAUGAACAGAUCUAUCAAACAUAUGCAUUGCAUGGCAGAAUAACUUUCCACAUAUUGCCCUGCCUUUUUAGAAUACAAUGUUCGAUAGCAGUGGUUAUCUGAACACUGACAUGAAUACCUGGGCACAGACAAAGAUGGGGUUUAAACUGUCAAAAUAGCUGUUUUCUGCUAACAGGAAAUGGGAUUUUCAAGGCCAAGACCAUCUUGACCAAAUGUCAGUUUUGCACAAAUAUGUAAGUAUGGUUGCAGGCAGCCCACAGCCACCCACCGCCUGCCUGCCUACAUUGUCCUAAUUGUUCACAUUGACCUUGUCUUAAAAUAACAUAUAUUUAUGCCUCUAUGUCCCCGUCUCCAUACAAUUCUACUUCAAGCAUAAUUCAAUUUAUUUCCUCCAAGAAGAACCUCAGUACAGUUGUUCUUCUACAGAAAUCUAACUACAGUAUACAGACUGUAUUCCAGGUCUUGUCAUUCAGGCUAAUCUUUGUUCUGACCCGCUUCCCAUCAGCCCUGGUGAGGUGCGUAGUCUGUGGGCCCAGCUGACGAGGGACGAGCCGCACCUCCUGUCCAACUUUGAGGAGUUCCUGGCCAGGGUCAUUUUACAGAUCAAAGGGGUCAACCAGGAGAGGAUGGAGAUGGAGAGUGCCCUUAAAAAGUUAGUAGCCUACCACUUCAUUCAAAUCAAAUCAAAUUGUAUUUGCCACAUGUGCCGAAUACAACAAAUGUAGACAUUACCGUGAAAUGCUUACUUACAGCCCUUAACCAACAAUGCAUUUAUUUUUUAAUAAAAAAGUACAAUAAAACAACAACAAAAAAGUGUUGAGGAAAAAAAGAGCAGAAGUAAAUUAAAAUAACAGUAGGGAGGCUAUAUACAGGGGGGUACCGGUGCAGAGUCAAUGUGCGGGGGCACCGGCUAGUUGAGGUAAUAUGUACAUGUGGGUAGAGUUAAAGUGACUAUGCAUAAAUAAUUAACAGAGUAGCAGCAGCGUAAAAAGAUGGGGUGGUGGUGCAAAUAGUCCAGGUAGCCAUGAUUAGCUGUUCAGGAGUCUUAUGGCUUGGGGGUAGAAGCUGUUGAGAAGCCAUUUGGACCUAGACUUGGCGCUCCGGUACCGCUUGCUGUGCGGUAGCAGAGAGAACAGUCUAUGACUAGGGUGGCUGGAGUCUUUGACAAUUUUGAGGGCCUUCCUUUGACACUGUCUGGUAUAGAGGUCCUGGAUGGCAGGAAGCUUGGCCCCAGUGAUGUACUGGGCCAUAUGCACUACCCUCUGUAGUGCCUUGCGGUCGGAGGCCGAGCAGUUGCGAUACCAGGCGGUGAUGAAACCAGUCAGGAUGCUCUCGAUGGUACAGCUGUAUAACUUUUUGAGGAUCUGAGGACCCAUGCCAAAUCUUUUCAGUCUCCUGAGGGGGAAUAGGCUUUGUCGUGCCCUCUUCACGACUGUCUUGGUGUGUUUGGACCAUGAUAGUUUGUUGGUGAUGUGGACACCAAGGAACUUGAAGCUCUUAACCUGUUCCACUACAGCCCCGUCGAUGAGAAUGGGGGCGUGCGCAGUCCUCUUUUUUUCCCUGUAGUCCACAAUCAUCUCCUUUGUCUUGGUCACGUUGAGUGAGAGGUUGUUAUCCUGGCACCACACGGCCAGGUCUCUGACCUCCUCCCUAUAGGCUGUCUCAUCGUUGUCGGUGAUCAGGCCUACCACUGUUGUGUCGUUGGCAAACUUAAUGAUGGUGUUGGAGUCGUGCCUGGCCAUGCAGCCAUGGGUGAACAGGGAGUACAGGAGGGGACUGAGCACGCACCCCUGAGGGGCCCCCGUGUUGAGGAUCAGCGUGGCAGAUGUGUUGUUACCUACCCUUACCACCUGGGGGCGGCCCAUCAGGAAGUCCAGGAUCCAGUUGCAGAGGGAGGUGUUUAGUUCCAGGAUCCUUAGCUUAGUGAUGAGCUUUGAGGGCACUAUGGUGUUGAACUCUGACCUGUAGUCAAUGAAUAGCAUUCUCAUGUAGGUGUUCCUCUUGUCCAGGUAGGAAAGGGCAGUGUGGAGUGCAAUAGAGAUUGCAUCAUCUGUGGAUCUGUUGGGGCGGUAUGCAAAUUGGAGUGGGUCUAGGGUUUCUGGGAUAAUGGUGUUGAUGUGAGCCAUGACCAGCCUUUCAAAGCACUUCAUGGCUACAGACGUGAGUGCUACGGGUCGGUUGUCAUUUAGGCAGGUUAUCUUAGUGUCCUUGGGCACGGGGACUAUGGUGGUCUGCUUGAAACAUGUUGGUAUUACAGACUCAGUCAGGAACAUGUUGAAAAUGUUGGUGAAGACACUUGCCAGUUGGUCAGCACAUGCUCAGAGUACACGUCCUGGUAAUCCGUAUGGCCCUGCAGCCUUGUGAAUGUUGACCUGCUUAAAAGUCUUACUCACAUCGGCUACGGAGAGCGUGAUCACAUAGUCAUCCGGAACAGCUGGUGCUGUUGUAUACAUCUCUGUGUGUGGAGUAAAGGUGGUCUAGAGUUUUUCUUUCCUCUGGUUGCACAUUUAACAUGCUGGUAGAAUGGAUUUAAGUUUCCCUGCAUUAAAGUCCCCGGCCACUAGGAGCGCUGCCUCUGGUUGAGCGUUUUCCUGUUUAGUUAUGGCCUUAUACAGCUCAUUGAGUGCAAUCUUAAAGCCAGCAUUGGUUUUUGGUGGUAAAUAGACAGCUAUGAAAAAUAUAGAUGAAAACUCUCUUGGUAAAUAGUGUGGUCUACAGCUUAUCAUAAGGUACUCUACCUCAGGCGAGCAAAACCUCGAGACUUCCUUAGUAUUUGAUUUUGUGCACCAGCUGUUGUUUACAAAUAUACACAGACCGCCACCCCUUGUCUUACCGGAGUCAGCCGUUCUUUCCUGCCGAUGUAGCGUAUAGCCCGCUAGCUGUAUGUUGUCCAUGUCGUCGUUCAGCCAUGACUCGGUGAAACAUAAGAUAUUACCGUUUUUAAUGUCCCGUUGGUAGAAUAAGCGUAAUCGUAGGUCAUCUCAUUUAUUUUCCAAUGAUUGAAGAUUGGCUAAUAGGAUUGAUGGGAACGGCAGUUUACUAGCUCGCCAUCGGAUCCUUACGAAGCACCCCGACCUACGUCCACGAUAUCUCCGUCUCUUUCUCCUGCGAAUGACGGGGAUUUGGGCCUUGUCGGGUGUCUGUAGGAUAUCCUUUGCGGCCGCCUCGUUGAAGAAAAAAUCUUCGUCCAAUACGAGGUGAGUAAUCGCUGUCCUGAUAUCCAGAAGCUCUUUUUGGUUACAAGAGACAAUGGCAGAAACAUUAUGUAUAGAAUAAAUUACAAAAACGCGAAAAAACACACAUAAUAGUACAAUUGGUUAGAGGGCUGUAAAACGGCAGCCAUCUUCUCCGGCGCCAUCAGGUCAGAUAUUGUAGGAUUUAGUCAAUUAGCAGCCCACUGUAGCCUGUUCCCAGAUCUACUUGGGCUGUCUUGCCAACUCCUAUGGUCAUUGGCAAGACAGCACCAACAGAUCUGGGACCAGGCUAGCUCAAAAUGUUCCUUUACAGAUAACCUCAUUGCCUGAGUAAUGAAGGACAAAGUAGCCAAGAGACGCAUUUACUUAACCUUCCAGUUCCAAAGCUGUAUUAAGUGUUUGUGAAUGUUCUCCCAAAACGCCCACUUUCUUUAAAUCAUGUCGGGCAAUAUUCAUGGCAAUUUUACACAAGGAAUACUACACGACAAUCUCUACCUACAGUACUUGUUUAUUAUGUCACAUUUCAACUGAGCACAGCUUUUGUACCACAGUGGUGCAUUAUCACACAGUUUCUGUGGGCUGUUUCUGAGAGAAAGGAAUGCAAAUGUUGCAUAAGGCUGCUAUGUGGCUCACACUUUGCAGCUGUUACAAAACGUAUUGUCAAUGUCUUUCUUGCUGUAUUCAGAGAUGUAGACACACAGGGGUGUUUGAUUAAAGUUGACCAGAGUAGUCAGGCCUUGAAUGGUUCAGUAAUUAUAGUUAUCCCUUUUAUCUUCAGAUGUGAACUACAGUACAUGUAAUGCUAGACUGAUAAUAAGUGUUCUUUUUUCAUGGUACUCCUCUGAAAAUCUAUUUGCUGCUGUGCCUGUUUGGAAUGCAUCACAAUAGGUUACAAAUACCUACUGUAUGAUUGAAUGCCAGACUGAAAGCUCGUGUAAGGUCUCAAGUACAGCAUUUAUGUGCUGCCUCUUCAUGUGAUUCUAUGCCUAUGCAUGUGAUUCUAUGCCUAUGCAUGUGAUUCUAUACUUAUGGAUGUGAUUCUAUGCCUAUGCAUGUGUAUUAGCAUUAACAAGAUUAAAAUAUUUCUAAAUCCGAACAGAAAAUCAGCAACACAUGACGAUGAGAUCCAUCGCUUAUAUGAAGAAAUGGAGCAGCAAAUCAAAAAUGAGAAGGACAGGAUCCUACUGCAGGUAAAGAGAUCUCCCACUGAAUACACAAGACUUGUUAGUAACUUUUCUGACAGAUCUCUCUCUUAUCUCUCUCGCACACUCUCUCUCUCUCACACACACACUCUUUCUCUCAAUCUCUCACACUCUCACUCUCCACUGCAGGACACUGAGCGCUUCCUGUCUAGGAGUCAGGAUCUGGAGCAUCAGCUGUCCAGUAAGGAGAGAGAGCUGGAUCAGAUCUUCCAGAAACAGAGGAGGGUGAGUAGGGACACCAAUGAUGAGACAUUGAUCAUCACAGGCAUCACAAUAAAGGAUAGAUUUGUACUGUACAGAAUGUAUUAUUUUUUUUUUAUUAAAUCACAUUUUCCUGAAAGUGUUUUGAACAAUGUGAAAUAUAAACUCUGAUUGAUCUGGAAUGAAUUGUGACCAGCCUUAUUAGUAGACUUGAAGAUCUAAGAGCUGUCCCUGAGUGUCUGCAGCUUACUCUCUAAUGGAAAUUCAAUGAUAAUAAUACGCAACCAUAACACUAUCAAAAACAGAACUCCACUGAAGUUAAGACUAAUUAAUCAAAUGGAAAUGAGUCUUACCAGUGCGUCAGAAUUUGCUUUACAAAUGGGAACAAGGCCUUAAUUCGUACUGUGCCCAAGUCACCAAGGCCUUCUCUCAGAUCUCCCUGGCACCAUCCACAUUCCUCUCUGCCAACCAGAAAUAAAAUGUCAGAACAUUGACUUGAUUGAGAAUGUCCGUUGUAGAUAUUCUAUUUCUAUACUGCCAACACAGUCUCUGUAGAGCAGGCAUCCAGGCGCUAUGCUGGCUAGCCUAAUCACAGUGUCGCUAGAUAAAACGUCUCUUAUGUUGUUGUGUUGGAUCCAUUGUAGCACUUGGGCUUAUAUAUUUAGAACAGUGAUAGUAGUGUUUGAGGCUGCAUUCAGACAAUAGCCGUAUCUGUGUGUCCUCACACAAUCCCUGGCUUCAAUAGAUGUGUGUGUCAGACCAGACCAGACCAGUAUGUGUUUAGAAGAUAUCACUUGUUUCAUCCUUUGAUUCAUCAAUGCUUGGUGUAUCAUAGCAAUCGCACAUAGAUCAUACUGUACCAAUCAUAGACUCCAGACCAUGAUUGUUACUGCAGAGUAGCAUCUGGGAAAUGGUGACCCCAGAUCAACUGGCCUUGCCAUUCUUCAACCCAGAUAUGAUCAAAUGAAGUGAAAGUGCAGGUUAUUGUAGUGCGUCUGCUUUAGGCUGUAGUGUUGUUUUGUGUGUUGUCCCCUCUGCCUGUCUCCUCUGUGUGACCGUGUCCCCUCCCCCUGUGUCCCCUACCCAGUUGGAGCGUCAGUGCCGGGAGCUGCACAGCGAGCAGCAUGUGACCAAGGUGGAGAACGUGAAGCUGAAGCAGACCAAUGAAGAGCUGGCCCAGGAGCUGGAAUACACCAGUCAGGAGCUGAGCCUGGCACAGGAGCAGCUGGUCCUCCUGCAGGAGCAGUCCUCACACCUAAACCAGGAGAGGGAGAUGUAAGUCUGUCUGGCUGGCUGUCUGUGUCUGGGAUCCUGUUUGGGUGUUUGUUUCUCCAUGUGAGUCCACAUCUUAGACCAGUGGUUCCCAACUCCGGUCCUCGAGUACCCCCAACAGCCCUGGACAAGCAUACCUCAUUCAACUCAUUGAGGGCCUGAUAAUUAGUUGACAAGCUGAAUCAGGUGUGCUUGUCCAGGGCUACAAUACAAAUGUGUACUGUUGGGUGUACUCGAGGACCGGAGUUGGGAACAUCUGUCAUAGACGCUACUUGCAUUCAGUAGCGUCUAUGAAUCACCUGAUUAUGAAGGCAUAAAUGUAUGAAAGCCGCUAUACCUAAUUUACAUUGAUGUAGUUCUGUCCUUGUGAUGUACUUGUCUGUUAAUGUUCUGAAUCAUGUCAUGUUUUAUGUUCUGUGUGGAACCCAGGAAGAGUAGCUUCUGCUUUAGCACUAGCUAAUGGGGAUCCUAAUGAAAUAUUAAAACUAUCACAUGAAUAUGUGGAUUUGUUGUCCAACAUAGGGAGAUGUACUGGAUCACAGAGGGAUUGCAGAGGGAGCGAGCGAGCCUGCUGAAACAACUUGACCUCCUGAGGUAAGAGUGGAGAUGUAACAGAUACACACACACACACACACACACUAGGAGCGAGGCAGUGGGUUACUGUAUCAGCUCAGAGCCACUGCUCUCCAAAUCAAGGAGCAAUGAGGAUACUGUACAAUACUGAAGGUUAUGUUAUAUUCACUACAAACCAUGGCCACACAUCCAUCCAGCAGAUAGCAUUGACUUCAGGCAAACUCCUCAAAGCUGUUUUAUACUAAAGCAAUAAAUAAUAUAAUAAUAAUAAUAUGCCAUUUAGCAGACGCUUUUAUCCAAAGCGACUUACAGUCAUGCGUGCAUACAUUUUUUUUGUGUAUGGGUGGUCCCGGGGAUCGAACCCACUACCUUGGCGUUACAAGCGCCGUGCUCUACCAGCUGAGCUACAGAGGAUCACAAUAAGGCAUGAGGGGUGUGGUAUAUGGCCAAUAUAGCAAAGCUAAGGGUUGUUCUUACACACGACGCAACACUGAGUGCCUGGAUACAGCCCUUAGCCGUGGUAUAUUAACCAUACACCACAAACCCCUGAGGUGCCUAUUGCUAUUAUAAACUGGUUACAAAUCUAAUUAGAACAGUAAAAAUAAAUGUUUUGUCAUACCCGUGGUAUACGGUCUCAUAUACCACAGCUUUCAGCCAAUCAGCAUUCAGUGCUCAAACCACCCAGUUUAUAAUAGUGCUUAGAAAGUAUGUAUUUCUGUUGCAAUGAACCCAUUCCUUGUUAUAUUGUCUCCAGGGAAAUGAACAAGCACUUACGAGAUGAGCGAGACAUGUGCUCUUAUCAAGUAAGUAUACACAUGCGCAAUGUAUUUAUUCAUCAUUCUCCAUUUGUGAAAUCCCCUUCUAUCUGUCUGUCUAUCAAGUUUGAUAGAUACUAACCUAAAAACAUGAUUCCUUGAAAAGCAUGGAACCUAGAAAACAUUUUAAAUCAAAUCCAAUUGCAAUCAAUUUGCAGAUGAAUUAGUUUUUGUUUUGUUGUUUUGCAGAAACCGAGGAAUACUGUUAAAAAUCCUGCUUGCAACCCGAGACCUGGAUCAAAUACUCUCAAUCCCUUUGACAGAAAGGCCUUUAGGUAUACUAUUUGCUUAGAAAUGCUUUUAAUACAAAUUGAAUUAAAACUGCCUGGUGCAGUCAUGGAGGCCUUAAUUGAUAUAAACGUUCAUUUCACCUACAAUACACUCUUGUUCAGUAUCAAUAUGACUGUAGUUGGAAUAGUUAUUAAUAGUGAAUGAUUCAUAUUUUCUAAGUAGUUGGCAAUGCAAAAAGUUGAACAAAGUACAUGAAACAGAAUUCACAUGUUGGACAGAAAGCUGUUCAAUAGGGCUGCAGUUGUAGCUCUGUGCAGAACGUGUCUGUACAGUAUUUACAUUGUUCUGAAUAUACACUACCAGUCAAAAGUUUGGACACACCUACUCAUUCAAGGGUUUUUCUUUAUUUUUUACAUUGUAGAAUAAAAGUGAAGACAUCAAAACUAUGAAAUAACAUAUAUGGAAUCAUGUAGUAAACAAAAAAGGGUUAAACAAAUCAAAAUAUAUUUUACAUUUGAGAAUCUUUAAAUAGCCACCCUUUGCCUUGAUGACAGCUUCGCACACUCUUGCAAAUAUAUUUUAAUUUGUUUAACACUUUUUUGGUUACUACAUGAUUCCAUGUGUUAUUUCAUAGUUUUGAUGUCUACACUAUUAUUCUACAAUGUAUAAAAUAGUAAAAAUAAAGAAAAACCCUUGAAUGAGUAGGUGAGUCCAAACUUUUGACUGGUACUGUAUGCAAAUGCCUGUAAGUCAAUUCACAUUCUACAUCCAUACUGUUGUACUCCAAAAAAAGCAUUUGUGAACCAAAUUCCAUGUGUCCCUUCAAUUUCCAUCUCAUCCCUUUCUCUCCAGUGAGGAUGAGGAGGUAGUACUCCCCCACUCUAAGAGGAAGAGUACGGAGGGAGUGAAUGACUCCAAACCCCCCCACAGACCCCUCCAGAGGAUCAUCUCCAUAGAGGAGGACCACCUACCCCAGCUCCUACAGGACGACUACCAGGCUCAGCUCUGGGAGUGGCGUGAGGAGGCCGAGGACGACAAGCACAUAGAGCUACAGAUGAACUCUAUAAAUCCUCCCAGUUCUCCUCCAUCGAGGGAGCAGCAGCCAGUUGACACCAGAGAGACAGAGACGCCUACAUCUCCCAGGGGCCAGCCAGCCGGAAAGGAGACAAUGGUGAAUGUAAGCAUGUCGGACCAGGGCUCAGAUAGAGACGCAACAUCAGAGUUGGUAUGAAAUUAUGUGGAGAGACAUUGUGGUCCGUCUCUACUGAAUAGAAUAGGAGAAGGAUUCAGUUGGCUUGGCAUAAUUACUUCCCAUUUGAAAUUAAUGAGAUUGUACAGCAUUUUCACAUUAUGUCCCCUCCUCUUCCCUUCAGGGUCGUUUCUCGGUCAGCGUGUUUUUGUUUGUUCUCUUGACCCCGUAAAGAGAGGGGUGGGGGAGGAGUGUAGGUGGAUGUACAGUACAGUGUGUUCACAAAGCCCUGUUUUUCCACCGGACCAGACCUGAGAUAAGAAAAAAAGAGUCACAGGUGUUGGGUUUCUCACUUUGAGUGAGUUGACCCCGCAGUUAACCUCACAAACAGGAUUAGCUACUUGUAUUAGUGUUUGUUGAAAGAGUGUUUCCAUGAUUUACUGUCGAUUUUAGAAAAUGACUAUGUAUUUCAAGAACUUUGUGCAACUUGAUGGUUUUACUAUAAUAGUUAUUUUGUGAAGUUUCUUGAAAUUAGGGGGCUAAUUAUGCUGUGUUCAUAAUAUGUUCAAAUAUUUGUUGCCAUGUCAUUGUUUGUAGUGUACCCUCUCCCAGUAUAUAUCGAAUCUGAAAUAUCCUGGUAAUUACUUGAGGAAAUGUAGACUUGAGCACAUAAAGUGAGUUUGGAAGAGUUGGAUGAAGCAUAUAAUAUGAACUCUUACUUAACACACAUAUCCCUCUUUCUCUCUGUGUUGUGUUUCCAGGAGGAGGGUGCAGCGUCAGCCCCAGACCGCCUGUUUAAGAUCAUCCUGGUGGGGAAUUCCAGUGUGGGGAAGACCUCCCUCCUCAGGAGGUUCUGUGAUGACUGCUUUUACCCAGGCACCUCUGCCACCGUCGGUGAGUAGUGAGUGGCCUCUCCAGGCUUCCUUUUCUACAGCAGAGCAGGGUUGUGUUCAUUAGGCACCAACGGAACAAAACCGACUGAAACAGGAACUACCUGGAAUUGUUCUAUAAGAAUCUCUCUGGGUUUUUUUUUACAUUGAAAAAUGUUUUGCUACGGCGUGCCCUAAUGAACACGACCCAGAGCCGAGCCCCAGUCCUGUGGCUGGUUGACCUCACCAUCCCUCAUACUGGCUUUACUCACUAAGCACUUUAAGAUGCUGAUUGUUUAACACUGUGGAAAGCUGAUUAUGUUGUGUUGAUCUUGCACUUAUAGGCAACAGCCUAAUAAGCAGAGAAACCAUAUUGUGUUGCUGUAUAUUGACUGACUUGACUCACACAGACCAUGACUUGGAUACUUCCGAUUGGCCUUUCUGUUGUACAGUAGGUUAAUAUUGCACUCCCAAAACGAGUUUGUUCUGUGUGUGACUGAGUGCAUACUCAAUUACAUCAAGACCCAACUGACUCACCUUACCAUUUUAUAUUGGUUUAAUUUAACACUGCUGUGCAGUGUAUACGUCAUCGUAAGUCAGUGCACCAUGCUGUAUACAUUAAUCAAGGGCACUGUAAGUGUAUUGGGGACCUUGUAGUUUUAAACCAGUGAAGCUGGGCAGACCAAACAACAUCACGAGACAGCUUGUGAAGUCACAGUGUUCCUCUCCUGUCAUUCUGCAGCCUGGUACAAACAGCUCCACAUCUCUAAUAUCCUCUCUAUUUAGGCCCUGUUUGGAAGUACACAAAACAUUUUUGAUUCUCAAAAUAGUCAUAUGAUUCAGAGAUGUUUUUGGGGGGAGCAAAUCAGAUGGAUUUUGAAUUGUGUGUUCCCUUUAGAACAAUAUGCAAUAUACGAUCAACUCUUGUUGACGCAAUUGUGACACAAGCAUUGACAAAAAGCAUGAUGUUCCUCCGUUUCUAUUUGAGCACUUGGGUCAAAUGUAGUCAAUUGGAAUCAUCAAUGGAUAAGUAACAUUUCAGAAACUCAGAGAAGGACAUUGCCAUAUAAAGUUCCCAAAUGUAUCCUUUGAAGUUCCUUGUUUUAUCCAGAUUUAGCCCGGAAAUCAAUUGUUGGUUCCUUUCAUCAUUUUUGUAUCUUAUUACGUGCCCAUCACUUCUGGAAAUUGGUUUGCUUUUGACAAUGAAUAUAGAUAGAAAAUUACAGGAUAAAAAUAUUAUUGUAAGGCAAAAGAUAGUAAAUGACUAUAAGUGACAAUAUGUGACUUAAAUCAGAUGAAUGAUAUCUUCUCUGUCCUGCAUCAUCAACAGGCAUUGACUACAGUGUGAAGACGAUACUGGUGGACAACAGCCAGGUGGCGCUGCAGAUGUGGGAUACAGCAGGACAGGAGAGGUGGGAACUCUACUAACCUUUUUGCCUCAGCAGCUUUUGUUUUGCUUCAUGCAGUUAGGCUGUAUGGCAGUGAAGUGACAUAACUACUAUGGUUACAUUUCAGUAUUUUUACAUAUUUUAAUGAGACCAUGUUGCACAUGAUGCUAGAAAAUAGUAUAUUAUGAGACAAAAGUAUUAAAAGAUCAAAUGGGGGAAUUCUCAGUCUUAAGAUUACUCCCUUCACCACCAUUUCAUGAGAGGACUAUCAGAAUGGCGCUGCAAUGGAUAGCAGCCGUUUUACAGGCUCCUGAACAAUGUUUCUGCCAUCGUUUCCUAUGACCGAAAAGGUAUUCUGGACACCAGAACAGCGAUUAAUAACCUCAAUUUGGAUGAAGAUUUCUACUUCAACAAGUCAGAGGCGCAGGACGUACUGCUUACCCCGGACCAGACCCUAAUCCUAGAGAAAAGAGAGGCUGACAUGCGGGCACCCUGACGAAACUACGUCGGCGAGUACAUAAACUGCCUCUACCCUCCGUUCUAUUGGCGAACGUACAAUCAAUAGAGAUCAAACUGGACGAGCUUUGUUCAAGACUAUCCUAUCAACGGGACCUGAAGAACAGUAAUAUCCUAUGUUUCUCAGAGUUGUGGCUGAACAAGGACAUGGAUAAUUGAGUGUACAAAACAUUAGGAACACCACCUUUGCCCUCAGAACAGCCUCAAUUCGUUGGGGCAUGGACUCGACAAGGUGUCAAAAGCGUUCCACAGGGAUGCUGGCCCUUGUUGGCUCCAAUGCUUCCCACAGUUGGCUGGAUGUCCUUUGGGUGGGGGACCAUUCUUGAUACACACGGGAAACUGUUGAGCGUGAAAAACCCAGCGGCGUUGCAGUUCUUGACACACUCAAACCGGUGUGCCUGGCACCUACUACCAUACCCAGUUCAAAGGCACUUAAAUAUUUUGUCUUGCCAUUCACCCUCUGAAUGGCACACAUACACAAUCCAUAUUUCAAAGCUUAACAAUCCUUAUUUAACCUGUCUCCUCCCCUUCAUCUACACUGAUUUGAAGUGGAUUUAAAAGGUGACAUCAGUAAGGGAUCGUAGCUUUCACCUGGUCAGUAUAUGUCACGGAAAGAGUUCCUAAUGUUUUGUACACUCAGUGUACAUCUAGCUGGUUUUUCCAUGCAUCGGCAGGACAGAACGCCAGGGUCAGGUAAUCUCAAGGGGGGAGGUGUGUGUCUCUGUUAACAACAGCUGGUGUGCAAUCUCUAAUAUUAAGGAAGUCUCAAGGUUCUGCUCGCCUGAGUUAUAAUACCUCAUUAUAAGCUGUAGACCAUACUAAACUCAGAAGAAAGAAACGUUCUCUCACUGUCAACUGCGUUUAUUUUCAGCACACUUAACAUGAGUAGAUAUUUGUAUGAACAUAACAAGAUUCAACAACUGAGACAUAAACUGAACAAGUUCCACAGAAAUUGAAUAAUGUGUCCCUGAACAAAGGGGGGGGGGGGGUCAAAAUCAAAAGUAACAGUCAGUAUCUGGUGUGGCCAGCAGCUGCAUUAAGUACUGCAGUGCAUCUCCUCCUCAUGGACUGCACCAGAUCUGCCAGUUCUUGCUGUGAGAUGUUACCCCACUCUUCCACUAAGGCACCUGCAAGUUCCCGGACAUUUCUGGGGGGAAUGGCCCUAGCCCUCACCCUCCGAUCCAACAGGUACCAGACGUGCUCAAUGGGAUUGAGAUCCGGGCUCUUCGUUGGCCAUGGCAGAUCACUGACAUUCCUGUCUUGCAGGAAAUCACGCACAGAAUGAGCAGUAUGGCUGGUGGCAUUGUCAUGCUGGAGGGUCAUGUCAGGAUGAGCCUGCAGGAAGGAUACCACAUGAGGGAGGAGGAUGUCUUCCCUGUAACGCACAGCGUUGCGAUUGCUUGCAGUGACAACAAGCUCAGUCCGAUGAUGCUGUGACACACCGCCCCGUCCUUCGACGAUUAACGCGAAUCCGAACAUCACCCCUGGUGAGACAAAACCUUGACUCGUCAGUGAAGAGCACUUUUUGCCAGUCCUGUCUGGUCCAGCGACGGUGGGUUUGUGCCCAUAGGCGACGUUGUUGCCGGUGAUGUCUGGUGAGGACCUGUCUUACAACAGGCCUACAAGCCCUCAGUCCAGCCUCUAUCAGCCUAUUGCGGACAGUCUGAGCACUGAUGGAGAGAUUGUGCGUUCCUGGUGUAAUUCGGGCAGUUGUUGAUGCCAUCCUGUACCUGUCCCGCAGGUGUGAUGUUCAGAUGUACCGAUCCUGUGCAGGUGUUGUUACACGUGGUCUGCCACUGCGAGGACGAUCAGCUGUCCGUCCUGUCUCCCUGUAGCGCUGUCUUAGACGUCUCACAGUACGGACAUUGCAAUUUAUUGCCCUGGCCACAUCUGCAGUCCUCAUGCCUCCUUGCAGCAUGCCUAAGGUACGUUCAUGCAGAUGAGCAGGAACCCUGGGCAUCUUUCUUUUGGUGUUUUUCAGAGUCAGUAGAAAGGCCUAUUUAGUGUCCUAAGUUUUCAUAACUGUGACCUUAAUUGCCUACCGUCUGUAAGCUGUUAGUGUCUUAACGACCGUUCCACAGGUGCAUGCUCAUUAAUUGUUUAUGGUUCAUUGAACAAGCAUGGGAAACAGUGUUUAAACCCUUUACAAUUAAGAUCUGUUUAGUUAUUUGGAUUUUUACGAAUUAUCUUUGAAAGACAGGGUCCUGAAAAAGGGACGUUUCUUUUUUUACCAAGAUAGUUUUAAUCUAUAUUUUUCGUAGCUGUCUUUUUAGAAUCACAAACCAAUGCUGGCACUAAGACUGCACUCAACGAGCUCUAUAGGGGCCAUAAGCAAACAAGGAAAUGCUCAUCCAGAAGCAAAUGCUCAUACUACAUCGGCUCUGACGCUCGUCGGAUGUGGCAGGGCUUGCAAACUAUCACGGAUUAUAAAGGGAAACCCAGCCACGAGCUGCCCAGUGACGCGAGCCUACCAGAUGAGCUGAAUGCCUUCUAUGCUGACUUCGAGGCAAGCAAAACUGAUCCAUGCAUGAGAGAACCAGCUGUUCUGGACGACCGUGUGAUCAUGCUCUCCGUAGCCGAUGUGAAUAAGACCUUUAAACAGGUUAAUAUUCACAUGGCCGCAGGGCCAGACGGAUUACCAGGACGCAUACUCAGAGCAUGUGCUGAGCAGCUGGCAAGAGUGUUCACUGACAUUUUCAACCUCUCCCUUACCCAGUCUGUGAUACCUACAUGUUUCAAGCAGACCACCAUAGUCCCUGUGCCCAAGAACGCCAAGGUAACCUGUCUAAAUGACUAGUGCACCGUAGCACUCACAUCUGUAGCCAUCAAAUGCUUUGAAAGGCUGGUCAUGGCUCACAUCAACACCCUCAUCCUAGACACCCUGGACCCGUCCAAUUCGCAUACCGCCCCAACAAAUCCAUAGAUGACGCAGUCUUGAUUGCACUCCACACUGCCCUAUCCCAUCUGGACAAGAAGAAUACCUAUGUAAGAAUGCAGUUCAUUGACUACAGCUCAGCCUUCAACACCAUAGUGCCCUCCAAACUCAUCACUAAGCUCGGGGCCUUAGGUCUAAACCCUGCCCUGUGCACUGGGUCCUGGACUUCCUGACUGCCCGACCCUAGGUGGUGAAAGUAGGCAACAACACAUUCGCCAUGCUGACCCUCAACACAUACUUAGUCCCCUCCUGUACUCCCUGUUCACCCACGACUGCGUGGCCGCGCACGACUUCAAAACCAUCAUUAAAGUUCGCAGACGACACAACGGUGGUAGGCCUGAUCACCGACAACGAUGAGACAGCCUAUAGGGAGGAGGUCAGAGACCUGGCAGUGUGGUGCCAGGACAACAGCCUCUCUCUCAACGUCAGCAAGACAAAAGAGCUGAUCGUGGACUACAGGAAACGGAGGGCCGAGCACGCCCCCAUUCACAUCGACUGGGCUGUAGUGGACUGGGUUGAAAGCUUCACGUUCCUUGGUGUCCACUAAGGAUCUAUCAAGGUCCACACACACCAACACAGUCGUUAAAAGGUCACGACAACGCCUCUUCCCCCUCAGGAGGCUGAAAAGAUUUGGCAUGGGCCCUCAGAUCCUCAAAAAGUUAUACAGCUGCACCAUUGAGAGCAUCUUGACUGGCUGCAUCACUGUUUGGAAUGGCAACUGUUUGACAUCCGACCGUGCCAUCCAGGACCUCUAUACCAGGCUGUGUCAGAGGAUGGCCCUAAAAAUGGUCAAUGACUCCAGCCACGCAAGUCAUAGACUGUUCUCUCUGCUACCGCACUGCAAGCGGUACCGAUGCACCAAUCUGGAACCAACAGGACCCUGAACAGCUUCUACCCUAAACCAUAAGACUGCUAAAUAGUUAUUUAAAUAGUUGACCAGAUAGCUACCUGGACUACCUGUAUUUACCUUUUUUGCACUAACUAGUUAUAUGUAAAUAUCUACCUCAAUUACCUCUUACCCCUGCACAUCGACUCGGUACUGGUACUGGGGCAGCAGGUGGCCUAGUGGUUAAGAACAUUGGGCCAGUAACCAAAAGGUCACUGGUUCGAAUCCCCGAGCCGACUAGGGGAAAAAUCUGUCUGUGCCCUUAAGCAAGGCACUUAACCCUAAUUGCUCCUGUAAAUUGCUCUGGAUAAGAGCGUCUGCUAAAUGACAAUAAUAUACUGGUACCUCUUGUAUAUAGCCAAGUUAUUGUUACUCUUUGUGUAUUUACUUUUAUUAUUAUGUGUUUUCUUUCUCUAUUUUCUUUCUCUCUGCAUUGUUGGGAAGGGCCCGUUAGUAAGCAUUUCACUCUUAGUCUACACCUGUUGUUUACGAAGCAUGUGACGAAUACAAUUUUAUUUGAUUUAAGGUAUCGCAGCAUCACCAAGCAGUUCUUCCGCAAGGCUGACGGUGUGGUAGUCAUGUAUGACAUCACUGCUGAGCAGAGCUUUAUUGCAGUGAGGCAGUGGCUGACCAGUGUACAGGUAGGAUGAGCCCAAACACGUCACUGCUCACCUCUGACAUAGUACACAUAGCUCAGAGAAAUGUAGAUAGCACUGAGGGUUUCCUCCUGCUCAAUAGCACAUUCACUGUAGGCCUACAUAACAUUUGAUGUACAAUAUCAGAUCACAUGCGCUACUUAUUGUAAUUCAUACAGGAUAUCUGUAGAGGCACGAUACAAGAUACCAUUACGCAUUUGGUGACACAGUUCAGAGUACAUCAUGUCCACUACACUGAUAAAGCCAUGGAAUGACUCAGUGUCCAUCAUCUCUGUCUCUCUUCACAGGAGGGGGCUGGUGAGGACAUUCCCAUCAUGUUGCUGGGGAAUAAAAUGGACAAGUGGAGCGAGCGGAAGGUUCAGACAAGAGUGGGCGAGAAAUUAGCCAAGGUCUGUCUAUCAGCCAUUCCUGGGCAUUGUGUUAAUGGCCCAGUCUUCAACCCACAGGCUUCACAGUACCCACACAUAUUCUCACUGAAUAAGUAAAAGCAACAAAAUGAGGCUUUUUAACGAGACGUGUGUGGGUCUCAUUAAUAGGGCCCAGGAUAUUUUUUCUUCUUCCUACGUCCUUCUAUGUUUUCUUUUUCCUUUCUUUUCUUUGGGUCUGUAGUUUCUAUGGUGAUAGAUAAUUGCUGUGCCUCAGAUCAGUCAAGAGCUGCUCUUCUUUUUCAUUUUGCUCCUAUGGCCAUUAGUCCAGACAAUGUUUACCUUAAUGCUACUAAGGAGGCCUGAGUACCAGUAGAUAGCGGUGUGGGAGAGGAGAGACUGAUAGCCGCUUCCAAUCACAGCACUGUACGUCCCAUUGAAUUCCUGUUUGCCAUCUGGUAAAGACUUAUCAAAUCUCCUUUGCAGGACUGCCAGUUGAUUUUCUACGAGUGCAGUGCUUGCUCCGGACAAAACGUGGUAGAAUCAAUGGUAAAUUUGGCAAGGUGAGUUGAGUAAAGUGCUGUGAGGGAUUUUUAACAGGACAUAAGUCCUACUUCUUCCACAUUACUAUUGUCUUAAAACUAUUAUUUGUCAUUUUGAUUUUGGCCAUUAAUUAACAAGGCUACAGUGCAUUCUGAAAGUAUUCAGACCCCUUGACUUUUUCCACAUUUUGUUACAGCCUUAUUCUAAAAUGGAUUAAAUAGUUUUUUCCCCCCUUAUCAAUCUACUCACAAUACCCCAUAAUGACAAAGCAAAAACAGGUUUUUAGAAAUGUUUGCAAAUGUAUUAAAUAGAAAACUGAAAUAUUACAUUUACAUUACAUUUACAUCAUUUAGCAGACGCUCUUAUCCAGAGCGACUUACAAAUUGGUGCAUUCACCUUAUAGCCAGAGGGAUAAGCACUUUACAAGGUGUAUUUUGUCUUUAAUUUUUUUUUCUGUUAUUAUUAUUAUUUUUUGUAUUUUUUUUUUAAAUUUAAAUUUUUAAAUCUUUUUAUUAUUAUUUUUAUUUUUUUGGGGGGGCGGGUGGGUUGGGGUAAGGGAGGGGUAGAAGGAUUACUUUAUCCUAUCCCAGGUAUUCCUAAAGAGGUGGGGUUUCAAAUGUCUCCAGAAGGUGGUGAGUGACUCCGCUGUCCUGGCGUCGUGAGGGAGCUUGUUCCACCAUUGGGGUGCCAGAGCAGCGAACAGUUUUGACUGCGCUGAGCGGGAACUAUGCUUCCGCAGAGGAAGGGGAGCCAGCAGGCCAGAGGUGGAUGAACGCAAUGCCCUCGUUUGGGUGUAGGGACUGAUCAGAGCCUGAAGGUACGGAGGUGCCGUUCCCCUCACAGCUCCAUAGGCAAGCACCAUGGUCUUGUAACAGAUGCGAGCUUCAACUGGAAGCCAGUGGAGUGUGCGGAGGAGGGGGGUGACGUGAGAGAACUUGGGAAGGUUGAACACCAGACGGGCUGCGGCAUUCUGGAUGAGUUGUAGGGGUUUAAUGGCACAGGCAGGGAGCCCAGCCAACAGCGAGUUGCAGUAAUCCAGACAGGAGAUGACAAGUGCCUGGAUUAGGACCUGUGCCGCUUCCUGUGUAAGGCAGGGUCGUACUCUCCGAAUGUUGUAGAGCAUGAACCUACAGGAUCGGGUCACCGCCUUGAUGUUAGCGGAGAACGACAGGGUGUUGUCCAGGGUCACGCCAAGGCUCUUCGCACUCUGGGAGGAGGACACAACGGAGUUGUCAACCGUGAUGGCGAGAUCAUGGAACAGGCAGUCCUUCCCCGGGAGGAAGAGCAGCUCCGUCUUGCCAAGGUUCAGCUUGAGGUGGUGAUCCGUCAUCCAUACUGAUAUGUCUGCCAGACAUGCAGAGAUGCGAUUCGCCACCUGGUUAUCAGAAGGGGGAAAGGAGAAGAUUAGUUGUGUGUCGUCAGCGUAGCAAUGAUAGGAGAGGCCAUGUGAGGAUAUGACAGAGCCAAGUGACUUGGUGUAUAGCGAGAAUAGGAGAGGGCCUAGAACUGAGCCCUGGGGGACACCAGUGGUGAGAGCACGUGGUGCGGAGACAGCUUCUCGCCACGCCACUUGGUAGGAGCGACCGGUCAGGUAGGACGCAAUCCAAGAGUGAGCCGCGCCGGAGAUGCCCAGCUCGGAGAGGGUGGAGAGGAGGAUCUGAUGGUUCACAGUAUCAAAGGCAGCAGACAGGUCUAGAAGGACAAUAGCAGAGGAGAGAGAGUUAGCUUUAGCAGUGCGGAGAGCCUCCGUGACACAGAGAAGAGCAGUCUCAGUUGAAUGACCAGUCUUGAUACCUGACUGGUUUGGAUCAAGAAGGUCAUUCUGAGAGAGAUAGCAAGAGAGUUGGCUAAAGACGGCACGCUCAAUAGUUUUGGAGAGAAAAGAAAGAAGAGAUACUGGUCUGUAGUUGUUGACAUCAGAGGGAUCGAGUGUUGGUUUUUUGAGAAGGGGUGCAACUCUCGCUCUCUUGAAGACGGAAGGGACAUAGCCAGCGGUCAAGGAUGAGUUGAUCAGCGAGGUGAGGUAGGGGAGAAGGUCAACGGAGAUGGUCUGGAGAAGAGAGGAGGGGAUAGGGUCAAGCGGGCAGGUUGUUGGGCGGCCUGCAGUCACAAGUCGCAAGAUUUUAUCUGGAGAGAGAGGGGAGAAAGAAGUCAAAGCAUAGGGUAGGGCAGUGUGAGCAGGACCAGCAGUGUCAUUUGACUUAACAAACGAGGAUCGGUUGACGAAGUCAUCCACGAGGAGGAGGAGGAGGGGGGGUGGGGGGGGAUUCAGCAGGGAGGAGAAUGUGGCAAAGAGCUUCCUAGGGUUAGAGGCAGAUGCUUGGAAUUUAGCGUGGUAGAAAGUGGCCUUAGCAGCAGAAACAGAUGAAGAAAAUGUAGAGAGGAGGGAGUGAAAAGAUGCCAGGUCCGCAGGGAGUCUAGUUUUCUUCCAUUUCCGCUCAGCUGCCCGGAGCUCUGUUCUGUGAGCUCGCAAUGAGUCAUCAAGCCACGGAGCUGGGGGGGAGGACCGAGCCGGCCGGGAGGAUAUGGGACAUAGAGAGUCAAAGGAUGCAGAAAGGGAGGAGAGGAGGGUUGAGGAGGCAGAAUCAGGAGAUUGGAGGGAGAAGGAUUGAGCAGAGGGAAGAGAUAAUAGGAUGGAAGAGGAGAGAGUAGCGGGAGAGAGAGAGCGAAGGUUGCGACGGCGCAUUACCAUCUGUGUAGGGGCAGAGUGAGUAGUGUUGGAGGAGAGAGAGAGAGAAAAGGAUACAAAGUAGUGGUCGGAGACAUGGAGGGGAGUUGCAGUGAGAUUAGUAGAAGAACAGCAUCUAGUAAAGAUGAGGUCAAGCGUAUUGCCUGCCUUGUGAGUAGGGGGGGACGGUGAGAGGGUGAGGUCAAAAGAGGAGAGGAGUGGAAAGAAGGAGGCAGAGAGAAAUGAGUCAAAUGUAGACGUAGGGAGGUUGAAAUCCCCCAGAACUGUGAGGGGUGAGCCAUCCUCAGGAAAGGAACUUGUCAAACUCAUUGAUGAACUAUCCAAGGGAACCUGGAGGGCGAUAGAUGACAAGGAUAUUAAGCUUAAAUGGGCUAGUGACUGUGACAGCAUGCAAUUCAAAUGAGGAGAUAGACAGAUGGGUUAGGGGAAAAUUGAGAAUGUCCACUUGGGAGAGAUGAGGAUUCCUGUGCCACCACCCCGCUGACCAGAUGCUCUCGGGGUAUGCGAGAACACAUGGUCAGACGAGGAGAGAGCAGUAGGAGUAGCAGUGUUUUCAGUGGAAAUCCAUGUUUCCGUCAGCGCCAAGAAGUCGAGGGACUGGAGGGUAGCAUAGGCUGGGAUGAAGUCUGCCUUGUUGGCUGCCUGAGACCUGGAACUCCAGGUGGGUGGUGCGUGCAGGGACCACCAGGUUAGAGAGGCAGCAGCCACGCGGUGUGAGGCGUUUGUGUAGCCUGUGCGGAGAUGAGAGAACCGGGAUAGGCAGAGGCAUAGUUGACAGGCUGCAGCAAAUGGCUACAAUAAUGCAGAGGAGAUCGGAAUGAAAUUAACUAAACAUCUGGGAAAGGAGAGAGCGGGGCCUCCCUCAGCACAACUCCCAAAUAUAACUCUCCCAACUUCCACCUCAGAAACUAUAAUUGUUGUAAACUACAACGGUUCAAUGUUUCUAGGAAUAGACUAACUCAGUUUAUUCAGCUAGCUAACUAGGUGCAGUAUUAUUCCGUGAAAAUCGUCCGGGCAUCAAGUCAUAUGACGCCACAGCCAGCUAGCAUGCCGGACUCCAGCAACACGGUUUAGCGCCAAUACUCUGCCACAACAAACCACCAGUGUAUCAACACGCACGCAGAUCGUUCGUGUCCGUGUCUAACGUUGUGGGUUAGUCCCGACAGCUUGAGCGAGUCCGUCGUCAACUUAUUCAGCCAGUUAGUUAGCUAGAAUAGUUAGCAAACUAGCUAGCCAUUGCUUUCAGACAAAGAAGAACCCCUCCUUUCACGGCACGAACACACAGAGAGAGCCAAACUAACGUUAGCUAGUUUGGCUCUAUUAUUUGGCAGCGAUUACAGCCUUGAGUCUUCUUGGGUAUGACGCUACAAGCUUGGCACCCCUGUAUUUGGAGAGUGUCGUGGUAAUUAUAAUAAUCAAAGGAGAAUCAAAUCAAAUCAAAUUUUAUUGGUCACAUGCGCCGAAUACAACAGGUUUAGACAUUACAGUGAAAUGCUUACUUACAGCCCUUAACCAACAGUGCAUUUAUUUUUAACAAAAAAAGUAAAAAUAAAACAACAACAAAAAAAGUGUUUAGAAAAAAAAGAGCAGAAGUAAAAUAAAGUAACAGUAGGGAGGCUAUAUAUACAGGGGGGUACCGUUGCAGAGUCAAUGUGCGGGGGCACCGGCUAGUUGAGGUAGUUGAGGUAAUAUGUACAUGUGGGUAGAGUUAAAGUGACUAUGCAUAAAUAAUUAACAGAGUAGCAGCAGUGUAAAAAGGAUGGGGUGGGGGGGCAGUGCAAAUAGUCCGGGUAGCCAUGAUUAGCUGUUCAGGAGUCUUAUGGCUUGGGGGUAGAAGCUGUUGAGAAGUCUUUUGGACCUAGACUUGGCACUCCGGUACCGCUUGCCGUGCGGUAGCAGAGAGAACAGUCUAUGACUAGGGUGGCUGGAGUCUUUGACAAUUUUGAGGGCCUUCCUCUGACACCGCCUGGUAUAGAGGUCCUGGAUGGCAGGAAUCUUGGCCCCAGUGAUGUACUGGGCAGUACGCACUACCCUCUGUAGUGCCUUGCGGUCGGAGGCCAAGCAGUUGCCAUACCAGGCGGUGAUGCAACCAGUCAGGAUGCUCUCGAUGGUGCAGCUGUAGAAUUUUUUGAGGAUCUGAGGACCCAUGCCAAAUACUUUCAGUCUCCUGAGGGGGAAUAGGCUUUGUCGUGCCCUCUUCACGACUGUCUUGGUGUGUUUGGACCAUGAUAGUUCGUUGGUGAUGUGGCACCAAGGAACUUGAAGCUCUCAACCUGUUCCACUACAGCCCCGUCGAUGAGAAUGGGGGCGUGCUCAGUCCUCUUUUUUUUCCUGUAGUCCACAAUCAUCUCCUUUGUCUUGGUCACGUUGAGGGAGAGGUUGUUGUCCUGGCACCACACGGCCAGGUCUCUGACCUCCUCCCUAUAGGCUGUCUCAUCGUUGUCGGUGAUCAGGCCUACCACUGUUGUGUCGUCGGCAAACUUAAUGAUGGUGUUGGAGUCGUGCCUGGCCAUGCAGUCAUGGGUGAACAGAGAGUACAGGAGGGGACUGAGCACGCACCCCUGAGGGGGCCCCCGUGUUGAGGAUCAGUGUGGCAGAUGUGUUGUUACCUACCCUUACCACCUGGGGGCGGCCCGUCAGAAAGUCCAGGAUCCAGUUGCAGAGGGAGGUGUUUAGUCCCAGGAUCCUUAGCUUAGUGAUGAGCUUAGAGGGCACUAUGGUGUUGAAUGCUGAUUUGUAGUCAAUGAAUAGCAUUCUCACGUAGGUGUUCCUCUUGUCCAGGUGGGAAAGGGCAGUGUGGAGUGCAAUAGAGAUUGCAUCAUCUGUGGAUCUGUUGGGGCGGUAUGCAAAUUGGAGUGGGUCUAGGGUUUCUGGGAUAAUGCUGUUGAUGUGAGCCAUGACCAGCCUUUCAAAGCACUUCAUGGCUACAGACGUCAGUGCUACGGGUCGGUAGUCAUUUAGGAGAGACUUGUAGAUUUCUUCAAAACCAUCAAACUGUAUUAUUUAAUUACUGCAGUAAUGGAACGUUAAUGGUCAUCCAGUGGUGUAGAGUUAAGGCCCAAAUAAUAAGGGUUAGGUUACAACUUUUUAUAGUAUUUGAGUCCUCGUGACGAGGAACAGAAAUGUGACUUCAUACAAAAAGGUACAUUGUGCUCUCAUGCAACAGACAGCAAGAUGUACAUGGCGCCAAAUAUCUGUCUAGUUCAUUUACUACUUGUUUAUAUAGAAAUACUAAUGCAACAUAGGAUACUAAGUCCUUCCCUUAAUUUAUGAAGUCCAGUGCUCAUUAAUAAUUUGGAGGGAGUGUUUUCUUCACCCUGGCAGACAGACCAGCAUUUAACAUAGACACUACUAAUGGAAUGGAGUGUUUUCUUAUCACCAGGCCAUCGUAAAUCAACUGUCAGCAUUAAGCCUCAGAGGCUCCUCUCGGAAGAACAGACAUUGUGAAAGUACUAAUAUAGGAACACAUUCUAAUAUAAAAGUAAUGUGAUUAACAAUGUUGUAAUUCUACAACAUUCCCCUAUUCUGAGACUCAUCUCAAUUUAAAGAUAAUUACUACUUUAAAAAAAACAUUAAUACACAUGUAGAAAACCAAAUGAGGCAUCAAACAUAAAAAAACGUCCUUGCACUAUUAUACUACCAUUGUAAAUGACCAUCCGUUAGUUCAUUGAGCUUUUAAACUUAACAUAAAAGGAUCCUUUAUUGGGAAUGAUAUAAACAUUAAAAUAUAAUUAAGAAAUUAUCAGAAAUCGGAAUACAUUUUAUCAGUAUGAAACACAAUCAUCAUGUUGAUACUGAGCAUACUCCCAUAGUGGAAAUAACUAUUCCCAUAACACCAUCUGUAGAAACUAAAAUUAGCAUAUGUUGUUGGACAAAUCCAGGUAGUGACUCCCGGUUUAAGUAAAAUGUAUUCUGUUUAGUGCCUAAUGAACAUGACCCAGGACAAGCAUCAUGAUCCCGCUAUUUAUAAGGCAACGCCUAUGGACUCUGUUACAUUAGCAUAGUUCCUGAGUAUUAUCAUUAUCAUCAAAAAUGUAAAUUUGGUAUUGGAUAUAGGUCAAAAUAGAUUAGGAUCAGUUUCACUCUCAGGAUCAGAGUUCACCCCCUUCAUUCACCAGGGCAUGCUGAGAAUAGUUGAAAAAUAAAAGGAGAGCUGCACACUCUAGGAGCUCUGAUGCAAUCAUUUAAUAACCUAAUAACCAACGUUUCGACAGACAAGCUGUCUUCAUCAGAGAAUAGUGUCAAUAUCUUUAGUACAUAACUUCUUUACCCAUGUCACAAUUAGCAUAACAAUCAAACCCUAACAUUAAUUGCUUCACUCAUAUAAUCAUUACCAUACUAUAAACAUACUAAAAUCAAUUAGUCCGUUUUCUAAAAAUCAUUCAGUUUCCCAAUCAUAAUCAAAACUAUUAAUUAUCCAACCCAAAUGUAGAAUGACAAUGCUUCAGUGAUUCACAUUAGUUAUAUCACUCAAAGUUAAAACCCUCAACUUAGCACACAUAGACACUGGCAGAAUGUACAUUUAUAUUAACAUACAGUAUAUUCAUCAAUUUUAGUAUUAACUUUCUCAUCACGAUGUAUAAUUACAGAUCAGUAUCUUAAUGCAUUCUUAAUCUAAAUUACUAUAAAUUUAGCAGUGUAUAGACCUCCACAAAUCAACCUCAUACCCCAAAAUAAACAAUUUUAGACAAGCCUAAAUCAAUUAAGGCACAGUUGACCAUCCCCGGCGCUAAAUCUUCUGGUGUCUCUUCAUUUUCUUCUUCAGAUAGCUUUAUAGUUCAAAGUGGAUGGCCCAUGAUAAUGUCCCAAUUUCAAUGUCUCACAUGGGCCUGCCACCUUUACCACCCAUUAUGUCUUGUCCAUUUGCCAACCAGUAUACUAGCAACAUGAGAAGUUUUGGAACGGAUCUCUCUUCAUGCUCACUCCACGUGGACUCCUGUCACACUCUUGAGAGAAAAGGCAUGAGAGAAAAAGCAGUUGAUAGCUUCGAUUGGAUGCUGUGUACAGGUUGCUAGCUCGGACUCAGGUCUCUUGGUAGAAGUGGUGCAGGACCAUACUGAACGCCAUUUUCUUCAAACGGUUAGAGGGGGUUUUGAGGUUCCCACCGUUCUCGGCCGAAUUAUCCCUUUCAUGCAUAUAGAUACCAUCUGUAGUCACCUUCACCAUAACGUCGAGAGAGGACAGAUCAGAACAACAGUUCAGUUCAGUUCAUUUCUGAUUCAGGAAAUCCAGACUUUAAGCAGAACGAACACCUUCUAAAGGAAACAAACCCAGAACCCCUUUCCGGUAAUCUUAUCAUUGUAACCUGUUGCAUUGAUUCAGUAAAAAUAUAAACCUGUUGAAGGUUCUAGAUUUGCUAAUCAACAAGUUGGUGCUGUCUCAUCAGAGUAAUAGUCAAAACUAACUGCAAUCCACUGUUCCACGUAAUGUAAACAUAUUAUCAGUUUAGAAUACAUUAACUGUUUUUUUAAAUCACCAGUGUUACCCGAACUAUAGAAUUGAGUGAUAAUAAUUAGAAAAUAUAAAAAACAUCUCUGCAUUUAACUUAGUCAAAACUCUACACCAAACUAUCCACUACGUCCCUUACAGCCUGCUCGAUUUCAACAAGCACCAGUUGCUUACACCCGCAGACUCUUCUAUUCGUUCCGUGUAGCUCAGUUGGUAGAGCAUGGUGCUCGCAACGCCAGGGUUGUGGGUUCGAAUCCCACGGGGGGCCAGUAUGAAAAAUGUAUGCACUCACUAAACUGUAAGUCGCUCUGGAUAAGAGCGUCUGCUAAAUGACUAAAAUGUAAAUGUAAACAAAAUUAAAAAAUUAAAAACCCAUUCUCAAACAACGUUCUGCGUUUACCUCUAUCGUAAGGUAAAAAAAGAAAACAUUUACAACUUUCUCUUCUCUUCCUGCUUCACACUCAUGAAAUGUCCAUUACUUUAAAAUUAACAUGUAAUGCGCCAAAUUUAUCAAAUACGUCAGUCAAUCCAUAAGGAAAAAGAUACAUUCCGAUGGGAGCUAAAAUAGUUCACAACACUAGAGCCUCUGUCUGCCCACAACUUCAAUUCAUUGCUGUUGUAGCCUUGUAUUAUCAUGCAAUAAUGAAUACCCAUGUUUAGUUAUCAACCAUGAUCAUGGUCACAGCUCUAUCACAAUUACCUAUCCGCUAUUAAUAGAAUGCAUUAGAUAUAGGUAACAGUCCCUUCUGAUUAGACUACAGGUAAUAAAACACUUGUUGACAAUCAUAUAUUCAAUUAAUAUCCAUAGUAUUAAUAUUCAAUGUAGUGAUUUAAAUUACGACCCCAUUCUCAGUAGUUUCCACCAGCAAACCAUUAGGCAACACAAAACAUUAUUACAUUUACAUUUCAGUCAUUUAGCAGAUGCUCUUAUCCAGAGCGACUUACAGUUAGUGAGUGCAUACUUUUUUUUUUUCAUACUGGCCACCCCGUGGGAAUCGAACACACAUCCCUGGCGUUGCAAGCGCCAUGCUCUACCAACUGAGCUACAAGGGAAAUCGUCCCGCUAUUCAUGUUGAAUAAAUUAGCCUUUCAAUUUGAACUAAGCAAGCUGCUAAAUCAUUCAGUAUAUAUCUUAAAAUAAACACUGGCUGCUAUAUCUAUCGAAGCAAACCAUACCAAUAGUUUGAAUUACAAUCAGAAACCCAGAUUUUAGUCAGUAACAUAGAACCUAUGCCUAUUGAAAUGACAAGUAAAUCCCGCAAAUAACCCAAAGCAGAUUAUCUUUUCCCUUGCGACAGAAUGAAAUUCCUUUAUUACAUCACAUUUGCACAGCAAUGAGUAUUAUCUUGAUAUAAAUAACGUUGAGAUUCCACCUUAAUUCGCUCUAACUGUACGAAAUAAACUAAUUUCAGGCCUUAUGGGCAGUUUUGGUUUUAAUGUAUUACCGGGGCGGAGAAAAUCCCAUAAGCGUUUUAUAGUUGCAUCAUUAGGGUAAGUCAAUUCCCCAUACUUCCCAAAAGUGGACAUAUGCCAAUCAGUUUCUGAGACUAUUUCCCAGUUAAUGCUCUAACUUUAUCUUUAUCAAAUUAUCCAUAAAUGGGACUAACUCAGAAAAUAUUUUAUUUUUUCCCACCCCUUACGUUUGGGUGCGCAAAUUGGUAUAUGAAUAUUAUACAUUCCAUUAUUAAUUCAUCAAAUCUGUAGUAAUAGAUUAUACACACAUACAAUUUGUCACAUUUUCAUACAUUCACAGAAUCUAUAUAUAACGUUAGAAAUCUUAGGUACUCACAUCCACCACUCCAUGUGCGUUGUCAUACUCCCAACGAAAAAUACAAAAUAAAGUUUCCCGGACGCUGCCCUGCGGGUCAUGGGAAUAAUGCUCCACACGUAUCCUCAGUUCUCUAGACUUCCAGAAGUUAGACUUGCCGCUACUGUCUAAAAUAACAUCCCACACUCAAUACCACCCUGUGAUAUUCAAUGAUGGCCAGUGAUGGACGCAACCCCAAGAUAACGUUACAUAUCGAAACGUAUUAUCCACAUUUAAAUCAGAUUAUUAUACACAUUUCUAUAUUUUAUUAUCCAAACCACAGAUUAAGACUUAUUUCCACAUUCACACAACUCUCAUUUCACAUUCACACAAUACUAUUCCCAAACACACUGAAUCAACAUUGUUAUAACCUGCAGGAAUAUUUUAUUCUAUAACGGGCCCAAAUUUGGAAUGUCAAAUCUAUUACAUUAACAUUUUACCAUAACCAAUUUUCCCAUAAUCAUAAAUCUCUAAGGUUUCCAAAUUUGGGAAACCUGCAGGGAUCGGUCCCCCCGAGAUACAAUGGCCGGACCACACCCUAAAAGACUGGCCGAAAUACAAUGUCUAGACGUCAGAUACACCGUACACGCAACCUGUUCUCCAAACAGGAUUUCUUAUACUUCAAUUGUAGAUCGCCGACAUUCCUAGGGUUCAUAAUGAGAUCCAGUAUCUCACAAAAGUGAGUACACCCCUCACAUUUUUGUAAAUAUUUUAAAUAUUUGAGUAUAUAUUUUCAUGUGACAACACUGAAGAAAUGACACUUUGCUACAAUGUAAAGUAGUGAGUGUACAGCUUGUAUAACAGUGUAAAUGUGCUGACCCCUCAAAAUAACACAACACACAGCCAUUAAUGUCUAAACCGCUGACAACAAAAGUGAGUACACCCCUAAGUGAAAAUGUCCAAAUUGGGCCCAAAGUGUCAAUAUUUUGUGUGGCCACCAUCAUUUUCCAGCACUGCCUUAACCCUCUUGGGCAUAGAGUUCACCAGAGCUUCACAGGUUGCCACUGGAGUCCUCUUCCACUCCUCCAUGACGACAUCACGGAGCUGGUGGAUGUUAGAGACCUUGCACUCCUCCACCUUCCGUUUGAGGAUGCCCCACAGAUGCUCAAUAGGGUUUAGGUCUGGAGACAUGCUUGGCCAGUCCAUCACCUUUACCCUCAGCUUCUUUAGCAAGGCAGUGGUCGUCUUGGAGGUGUGUUUGGGGUCAUUAUCAUGUUGGAAUACUGCCCUGCGGCCCAGUCUCCGAAGGGAGGGGAUCAUGCUCUGCUUCAGUAUGUCACAGUACAUGUUGGCAUUCAUGGUUCCCUCAAUGAACUGUAGCUCCCCAGUGCUGGCAGCACUCAUGCAGCCCCAGACCAUGACACUCCCACCACCAUGCUUGACUGUAGGCAAGACACACUUGUCUUUGUACUCCUCACCUGGUUGCCGCCACAAACGCUUGACACCAUCUGAACCAAAUACGUUUAUCUUGGUCUCGUCAGACCACAGGACAUGGUUCCAGUAAUCCAUGUCCUUAGUCUGCUUGUCUUCAGCAAACUGUUUGCGGGCUUUCUUGUGCAUCAUCUUUAGAAGAGGCUUCCUUCUGGGACGACAGCCAUGCAGACCAAUUUGAUGCAGUGUGCGGCGUAUUGUCUGAGCACUGACAGGCUGACCCCCCACCCCUUCAACCUCUGCAGCAAUGCUGGCAGCACUCAUACGUCUAUUUCCCAAAGACAACCUCUGGAUAUGACGCUGAGCACGUGCACUCAACUUCUUUGGUCGACCAUGGCGAGGCCUGUUCUGAGUGGAACCUGUCCUGUUAAACCGCUGUAUGGUCUUGGCCACCGUACACUGUACACUCACUACUUAUACUAGUUAUACAAGCUGUACACUCACUACUUUACAUUGCAGCAAAGUGUCAUUUCUUCAGUGUUGUCACAUGAAAAGAUAUACUCAAAUAUUUACAAAAAUGUGAGGGGUGUACUCACCUUUGUGAGAUACUGUACCUAUUUAUCUUUUCCAAACCUACUCCACGUCCCUCAGGAAUAGUUUCAAUAAUGAACACCCUUUUUGCCUAACUGCCCACUUCUUACCUAGGUAAAUAAGAGACUAUACUCGCUUUUCCAACCUACCCCACAACCUAGGAUAAGGGUAACAUGUCUUUCAAGAAAAAUAUAUCAUUAGCUACGUGAAAUUUAUUUUUUCUUCCCCACUCAACAUUUUCGCCUAAACUGCCCACUCAACAAUGUUCAAUAAAUGUUCAACAUCUACGACUAAAUUGCCCACUCAACAUUAACAAUGUUCAAUUAAUGUUCAACUAGUACUAUUAAUUCUGUGCACUUUCAAGUUUAAUUAUUGAAAGAAAUCAGUCUCACCCUUAAUCUAAUUCUGUUCGAAAUGAUGUAUCCAUUCAGCUGACUCUCCCAGCCAGGUGGGGAUCCGAUUUGCGCCGUCUAGUGGAGUGUGGCUUUCCCAGCUGCAUCUAAUGCAACUCCUCGCACGGUUAACCUGAAUUACCCUGGGAACAAUCAGCAAAAUGAAGAUUAUCAUCCCAUCCUCGUCGCCAAUAUUGUCGUGGUCAUUAUUCUAAUCAAAGGAGAGACUUGUAGAUUUCUUCAAAACCAUCAAACCUUAUUAUUUAACUACUCCAGUAAUGGAACGUUAAUGGUCAUCCAGUGGUGUAGAGUUAAGGCCCAAAUAAUAAGGGUUAGGUUACAACUUUUUAUAGUCUUUGAGUCCUCGUGACGAGGAAAAGAUGACUUUAUACAAAAGGUACAUUGUGCUCUCAUGCAACAGACAGCAAGAUGUGCAUGGCGCCAAAUAUGUCUCUAGUUCAUUUAAUACUUGUUUAUACAGAAAUACUAAUGCAACAUAGGAUACUAAGUCCUUCCCUUAAUUUAUGAAGUCCAGUGCUCAUUAAUAAUCUGGAGGGAAGGUUCUCCUCACCCUGGCAGACAGACCAGCAUUCAACAAAGACACUAAUAAUGGAAUGGAGUGUUUUCUCACCAGGCCAUCGUAAAUCAACUGUCAGCAUUAAGCCUCAGAGGCUCCUCUCGGAAAAACUGACUGAAAGUACUAUUAUAGGAACACAUUCUUAAUAUAAAAGUAAUGUGAUUAACAUAAUGUUGUAAUUCUACGACAAGAGUUUCUCCCAUUCUUCUCUGCAGAUCCUCUCAAGCUCUGUCAGGUUGGAUGGGGAGCAUCGCUGCACAGCCAUUUUCAGGUCUCUCCAGAGAUGUUCGAUCGGGUUCAAGUCCGGGCUCUGGCUGGGCCACUCAAGGACAUUCAGAGACUUGUCCCGAAGCCACUCCUGCGUUGUCUUGGCUGUGUGCUUAGGGUCGUUGUCCUGUUGGAAGGUGAACCUUCACCCCAGUCUGAGGUCCUGAGCGCUCUGGAGCAGGUUUUCAAUCAAGGAUCUCUCUGUACUUUGCUCCGUUCAUCUUUCCCUCGAUCCUGACUAGUUUCCCAGUCCCUGCCGCUGAAAAACAUCUCCACAGCAUGAUGCUGCCACCACCAUGCUUCACUGUAGGGAUGGUGGCAGGUUUCCUCCAGACGUGACGCUUGGCAUUCAGGCCAAAGAGUUCAAUCUUGGUUUCAUCAGACUAGAGAAUCUUGUUUCUCAUGGUCUGAGAGUCCUUUAGGUGCCUUUUGGCAAACUCCAAGUGGGCUGUCAUGUGCCUUUUACUGAAGAGUGGCUUCCGUCUGGCCACUCUACCAUAAAAGCCUGAUUGGUGGAGUGCUGCAGAGAUGGUUGUCCUUCUGGAAGGUUCUCCCAUCUCCGCAGAGGAACUCUGGAGCUCUGUCAGAGUGACCAUUGGGUUCUUGGUCACCUCCCUGACCAAGGUCCUUCUCCCCCGAUUGCUCAGUUUGGCCGGGCGGCCAGCUCUAGGAAGAGACUUGGUGGUUCCAAACUUCUUCCAUUUAAGAAUGAUGAAGGCCAUUGUGUUCUUGGGGACCUUCAGACAGUUUUUGGUAGCCUCGACACAAUCCUGUCUCGGAGCUCUACGGGCAAUUCCUUCAACCUCAUGGCUUGGUUUUUGCUCUGACAUGCACUGUCAACUGUGGGACCUUAUAUAGACAGGUGUGUGCCUUUCCAAAUCAUGUCCAAUCAAUUUAAUUUACCACAGGUGGACUCCAAUCAAGUUGUAGAAACAUCUGAAGGAUGAUCAAUGGAAACAGGAUGCACCUGAGCUCAAUUUCGAGAUAGCAAAGGGUCUGAAUACUUAUGUAAAUAAGGUAUUUCUGUGUUUUAUAUUGAAUACAUUUGCAAAAAUGUCUAAACCUGUUUUCACUUAGUCAUUAUUGGGUAUUGUGUGUAGAUUUGAUGAGGGAAAAAAACAAAUUUAAUCAAUUUUCGAAUAAGGCUGUAACGUAACAAAAUGUGGAAAAAGGGAAGGGGUCUGAAUACUUUGAAUGCACUGUAUAUGACGGGAAAACAAACGUAAUACUGUCAGGCCAAAAUGUAAUAACUGUCUUCUUAACUUAGUCCAAGCUGGGCUUUAUGCGGUCUGCAGUGAAAUCUAACAACUCACAUUAAGCCAAAUGUGUCAGUGUGUCGGGAGUUACAAUAGUCCCUUUCUCUGUGUUGAUAUUAACAAGUACAGGGCAAGAUAAGGAAAACAAUGGCCAAUCUUAUCAUUUCUAAAUAGACACUUUAGACACGUAUACAUAACUUUAUCCUAGAACUUGAAAUGCUCCCAACUUCAAUAAUAGGAUCAGAAUCUUGCACUGUAAUAGAGGUUGAGGAUGGGUUCUUACUCUCAAUAAUAAACAAUGAACCUACAGUAUACUGUGUGUGUGACUGGCGCAUUUCUUAGGGAAAUCUCUUUUCCUGUGUCUUCUAGAAUUCUGAAAGAGCAGGAGGACAGAGAGAAAGAGAAGACGAUCCAACUGGUGAACAGCCCUUCACAGAAGAAG